AAGUUGAAUAAAAAGUCGUUUAAGAGUUAGAAGCUAUAUUUUACGAGGAGUACCUGAAGGCCGCAGGGAACGUCAGCGGUGACGCGUCAAGAUGGUGAAAUUCGGACUUCAGUUUAAAGCCACUCUGGAAAAUGUCACUAAUGUCAGACCAUCGGGCGACGAUUUCCGCUGGUUCCUGAAGCUGAAGUGUGGAAACUGUGGAGAGAUCCCAGAUAAAUGGCAGUAUGUAAACCUUGAGGAGAGUGUGCCACUGAAAGGAGGAAGAAGCAGCGCCAGCAUGGUGCAGAAGUGUAAACUUUGUUCCAGGGAAAAUUCUAUUGAUAUCCUGGGAGACACAAUCAAACCGUAUAAUGCAGAGGACAGCGAAAGCUUCAAGACAAUGGUGCAGUUUGAGUGUCGGGGUCUGGAGCCCAUUGACUUCCAACCGCAAGCCGGCUUCUCUGCACAAGGAGCAGAGUCUGGAACACAGUUUCCUGAAAUUAACCUGCAAGAAAAAGACUGGACAGACUACGAUGAGGAAGUCAAGGAGUCUGUGGGAAUAUUUGAGGUCACACACCAGUUCAUCAAGUGCUGAUUGUCGUUAUGUGAUGAGCUUCAGAGGCGGACGAAUAAACACUAGUGGCAAGCGUCCUUGUUUCUCGCCAAAGUCAAGGAUGCAUCAGAUGGUGAGGUGGUGAGGUUAGGAAUGAUGAUAAACUUUUAACGGGUGUGGACUAAAAACCACAAGUUGUUCAUACAAGUCAUGAAUUAAUCAAUAUGUUCGAGGAUUUUUUCACUGACUCAAUAAAAUCGAAAGGAGAACA